AUGUCAUCUGAAGCGGCUCCAGAAGUCGUCUCGGCCACGGCCUCCACAACGCCGGCGGCCACGCCCCCUUUGAAAGGGGGCGGAGUUCCGGGUGGUGGUGGGACAACUACCGCCGAGCAACAACAAGUCCCAUUUCAAUUUUCAGGAUGUCAUCUGAAGCGGCUCCAGAAGUCGUCUCGGCCACGGCCUCCACAACAAAUGAUUCCACCCGGUCACUUCUUCGCGAAUCCAUUCAUGAAUCCAUAUGUGCCAUCAGGUGUCCCACAGCAACAAGAAACAGGAGGAGAACCAAGUGGCGUGCCUCAACCGAAUCAAAUGGUUUUCUCGCCGGCACAAUAUCAAGAAGUCAUGCAUCACUAUUUUCAACAAAUGAUGGCCGCCAGUGGAGCGCAGUUUCCCAUUCCCUUCCCUAUGCAAUUUCAACCGGCGUUCCAACAGCCGCGACCUAGUUCUCAGGUUUGUAGCGCAAACGCAUCAUCAUCUCAUCGCUCAGAAGACGAUAAUGGAAGGCAGACAGCUGGCAGUAUGGGUUGUGUCUCGUCGAAUGUAUCACCAAAUCAUCGAGAGACGAAACCAGAGGGAUCUAAGGAAGCAUCAACGUCGCCAGAAACUCAGGAGCCUGUUGUUUCAAAUUCCGCUGAAGACACCCUGGUUCCAACCUCCUCUGACGUUGCCGUUGGCGACGUCAUUUCGGGAGAAGCGUCUCCAGAAUCCACGUCAUCUGGAGAAGAGAAAUCGGAGGAGAAGAGAAAGAAUUCCGGCGAUCGAACGGAUUCGUUGAUUCGGAAACAGAUGAGCGAAAUGGAAAAGGAGAUUACAAGGAGGUCGCAAAACAAGAAUAUUAAGAAGAUCGACGACGACAGUUUGGCGGAGCUCAUCGGAGCAUCGAAACCCAUCACUCAACUAACCGCCGACGAUUUUUCACCGUUCUCCGAGAAGAGCGGUCUACCGUAUACCGCACCUGCUGUGGUUGAGAAGCCAGCUCCAAAGGAGUCUCUAAACCAACUACGCUCAUCUUUCAAUCUUCCCGAAGAUUCUCCGACGGUUGGACCCGUCGGACCCGCUCAGAAUACGGUACCUGCGGCCCAAUUCGCUAAUAACUCGAUGUUCGCCGGGAAUUUUGCGCAGAACGCAGCAUUUGUACAGAUGACUCCACAAGCUCCAUUCGGCACCACGCCAGGCUUCCAAAUGAUGCAACCACACCAACAUACUCUUUUCAUGCAACAACCUAAUCUGGAGCGCGGUUGCUCGAAGUGUUUUUGUGAAAUUCUUACUAAAAUCGAUUUUUGUCGAUUUUCGCUUAUUUUUGCUGAUAAAAGUAGUUCUUUUCAUGCUGAAAUACACAUUUUAAGUGGAAAAAAAAAUCAAAAAAUCGAUAAUUUUUUGAAAAUUUCCGAUUUUCUCUCUCAUUUUUCUACCGAACAAACUUUCGAAAAAACGACGAAAAUUUCUGAAAAUUGGCUGAAAACCAAGUUUCCAAACAAAAAAAUUUUGUCGCCGCCGCAACCGCGCUCCACUGAACUGGCGAGAGUGACUACCUUCGUGAACAACGGGACCAAUCCAUUCCUCCAACAACAACCACCCCUUCCCAACUUCGCCAACGGCACCACUCCACUUGUACCUACAGUAACCGCUCAGCAAUUCACUCCUGAGCAACUGGCCGCCGCAUUUGCUCAACAACAAAUUGCUCAGCAGCACAUGCAAGCAGCCCCAACACCAUUCGAUGCUCCGCCCCCUUCGACGUCAUCUGGAACCACCACGUCAUCAACUGGUCUGGCACCACCUCCACCUCCAUCUCAUCCGAUUCAUCGAAAGAACUCGGGUUCUGGAUGGCCUGAAGAGAAUAAGGAGAACGGGACGUCGAAUACUAGCACGACGUCUAACGGAACACCUAAUGGAGCACCAUCCACGUCAUCUGGAACCGAGGAUCCAGUAUGGGUUCUUCGGGAUUCGUACCUCAAAAAGAUGCAGAGGGAGCAAAGGACUUCCGAGGAGGAGGAAAUGAAUUGGCAUGAAGCGGCGACAGCUGCACAGGAAGCCGCAGAAAAUGGGGCUGGUGAUGAGCAAGAAGAGCAAGAAACCGAUAGGCUAUUGAAUGGAGCCGGUGGGGGACCAUCAAGCGGAAUUAAAGGCGCACCGGGUACGGAGAAUCGGCGAGGAAGUAUGGAUAAGAAGAAGAAUAGCAAAGAGACAAUGGUUCAUGAACCUGCAGUUCUCAUCGAGGGUGUCCUGUUCCGUGCUCGAUACUUGGGCUCAACUCAAAUGCUCUGCGAAUCGCGUGGCUCGAAAGCGGCUCGAAUGGCUCAGGCGCAGGAGGCGGUGGCGAGAGUCAAGGCGCCAGAUGGAGAUGUGCAACCGUCGACGGAAAUCGAUUUGUUCAUUUCGACCGAGAAGAUUAUGGUGUUGAAUACGGACCUGCAGAGAAUAUCCGACACCGAUGUUCGACAGGACAUUCUAAUGGACCACGCUCUACGGACAAUCAGCUAUAUUGCCGAUAUCGGCGAUUUGGUAGUUCUGAUGGCGAGGAGAAUGUCCACAAGUCAUUCGGAUGAAAGUUGUUCGGAUGGCGACAGCAGCAGUGGAGGUGUCCGGAAGACGCCGAAAGUCAUUUGCCACGUAUUCGAAUCCGACGAAGCCUCAUUCAUUGCUCAAUCAAUUGGACAAGCGUUCCAAGUAGCGUAUGUGGAGUUUUUAAGAGCCAAUGGCAUCGAUGAUCCGAGUUAUUUGAGGCAGAUUGAUUAUCAGGAAGUGCUAAACUCCCAAGAGCUACUUGGUGACGAGUUGGAAAUGUUUGCCAAAAAGGAAACCCAAAAAGAAGUGGUGGUCCCGAAAAAAGCCGGUGAACCCCUGGGAAUUGUUGUCGUGGAGUCUGGAUGGGGGUCCAUGCUACCUACCGUAGUCCUUGCACACAUGAAUCCCAUCGGACCGGCCGCCCACUCGAAUAAAUUGAAUAUUGGAGAUCAAAUCAUCAAUAUCAAUGGAAUCUCGCUCGUUGGAUUGCCAUUAUCAGCUGCUCAGACGCAAAUCAAGAAUAUGAAAACUGCGACGGCGGUCCGGAUGACGGUAGUGUCUACGCCGCCCGUGGUGGAGGUUAGGAUACGACGACCGGAUACCAAAUACCAGUUGGGAUUCUCUGUGCAAAACGGUGUCAUUUGCUCUUUAUUGAGAGGCGGUAUCGCUGAACGCGGAGGAAUUCGCGUCGGACACCGAAUCAUCGAAAUCAACGGCACGUCGGUGGUAGCGGUGGCACAUGAUAGAAUUGUGAAUAUGCUCGCCACGGCGGUUGGAGAAAUUCAUAUGAAGACGAUGCCGACGUCAAUGUUCCGAUUGUUAACGGGUCAAGAACAACCACAGUACAUUUGA